ACCUCCUCCUCCUGCUGCUGCUCUGCUCCUAUUACAAAUACCACCACCGUGACGCCGCCGCCCUGUGUCCCCCGGUCCUUCGAGCCAGCAGCAAGGUUGCGUUGCAGAGGGACGACGCCUAGCCAGGCAUAGGCAAACGAGCAGCCCCCUGCCGGAGACGCAAGUCUUCUAUACAGGACCUGGAUUCUGCUGUUAGCCCUCUGGCCAGUGAUACCAUCACCAUGGAUGUGUCUGAUGAGAAGUGUGCUCAUCCGUCAGAACUGCCUAACGCAGUUGAUGUCGGGCAAUCUGACAAUGGCAUCCCUGAACAUUUGGGAUCUGUUGGAGUCAAUGGAGCUAUUGGACAUGAAGGUUAUUCAGGCAUGGAUUGUUCUGAGCAGACUGACGAUGAGCAUGGUGGAGAUGAAGACUCUCUUGUUAAUGUUGUAAGCCAUGCUGAUAAACAAGAGAAUCAGGAAAAGAUUCCAAUGGAGGAAACAGCGAUGAGCGAUGGCACCUCGGUCACAUCGAUGGAAGAUGCUCUGGAACCAAACAAUGACCUCCCUUCAGAGCCCGAAGAUAUGAGCAACCACACUCGUGAUCUCUCAAAUGGCAAGUCUUCCAACGGAAAUAGUAACGUAUUCCAAAGUGCAAAGAGUGUGCUGAAUUCAACCAAGAAGAAAACUUCAUCUGCAAAUACACGGAAGCCGCUGCAAUCUACUAAUAGAGGUAAUCAGGAUGACGGGAAAGCAUCAAAUGGAAAGCCCACAGUUCCAUCAGGCCCAGUCUUCCGUUGUUCUGAACGUGCCGAGAAGCGCAGAGAAUUUUACAUGAAGUUGGAAGAGAAGCAUCAAGCUAUGGAGGAAGAGAAGAUUCAGUUGGAAGCCAGGCUGAAGCGUGCAUCUCUGAAUCUGCAGAAAGAACAAGAGGAGGCUCUGAAGCAGCUGAGGAAGAGCCUGACCUUCAAGGCCAACCCGAUGCCGAGCUUCUACCACGAGGCGGCGCCGUCCCGGAGGGCCGAGUUCAAGAAGCUGCCGACGACCCGCCCCAAGUCCCCGAAGCUCGGCAGGAGGAAGACGGCCUCCAUGGAGACGUCCAACUCCUCGUCAGAGAGCGAGGGCACAAGGCCCUGCUGCCGCGCUAGCCGCGACGGCCUCGACAGCAACUGCAAGUGCAGCGGCGGCGCCGGCAGCAGAGGCGGCAGCAAGGCGCAGACCACGAACGCCAAGCCGGCGGCCAAGAAGCAGCAGCAGCAGCCGCAGCCGAAGCACCGCGCCCACAAGAUCGCCGGCGAGAGCGCCAUCAACAUCGCCGUGCACUAGCUGCUUCCGCUGCUGCUGCUGCUUGACAAUGGCGUUUCCUCUGAAACUUCUUGCUCUUUUCUUCUGGCCGCAUGCAGGACGACGACAAUGGCGUGGGAACUUUGUUUCUAAGUUAUGGGAGUGCUUGACGGCUUUGUGGAUUUUGGUGUAGAUAAUAAGUUAUGGUGAUGACGAAGACGAGCAUGGGUGAGCGAAGCCAGUUGGACAGAGGUGGUGUUUAUUUGUGUCAUGCUAAUUUUAUUUAUUUGAUCUGCUGUGCUGAGGGUGUGAGGGAUGGCCUGUACUUUGCCAAUGUACAGGGCUGUUUGUUUCUUUUCUUCUUCUUAAUUUGUGGGAGAUGUGGUAAGGAAGAUUUGAGUGUUGGAUGUAAGUUGUACAAGUAAAAACUGAGGGUUUGUUGGUGGUGAUGGCAAGGAACUAUUUAUCUGAUUUAUGCCCACUCACUGCACUAGAAC